UUCCAGGCUGCCUGUGUGUCCCUGUUCCUCUCCAGCGGCCAGGGCAGGGUGUAUCCCGCGAGGAAGAAGCCGGCCAGCUUUGCCGUGGAGAGGUAGCUGGAUCCCCCCUUUUUCCUUCUCCCUCUUCCAGCUACACCUGGGAUGGGCAGCGUGCCGAGCUCCGGCUACCCCUGCCCCUCCAGCUGCAGGAGGGCUGGCCGGAGGGGUCCCAGCCGGAGGGGCUGGCACCCCGCAAUUCCCUCCCUCUUCCCAGGUCCAGGGGAGCAUGACCCUGCUCCUCGCAUCCCUGUCCUUCUCCCCACAUCCCUGUCCUGCUCCCCGUAUCCCUGCCCUGCUCUCCGUAUCCCCGCCCUGCUCUCCGUAUCCCCGUCCAGCCGGGGGACGCUUCUCCCAUCACCACGUGCUGGGAUGUUCGGGUUGGCUGGGAAGCGGUUGUCCCCUCUCUGUCCCACCGUAUCCUACCUUCCUCCGAUCCGUGCCAUGCUCUGCUUCCCGGGACACGGGCACAUCCUGGCCACUCCGGCUGUUCCCUCGUCCUCGCAUUCCCGGGACCUUUGCUCCAUGCAGGGGGCUCAGGACAGGGUGGCCUCAGGCUCUGGUGUCCCACAGGCGCCGCGUGGGGCCCCACGUCUGCUUCCAGGGCUCCAGCAGCGGAUGUUGUCCCGGCUGGAUGCUGUCCCCGGGCAGCGGGAAGUGCACCCUGCCGCUCUGCUCCUUCGGCUGCGGUGGCGGUUCCUGCAUCGCUCCCAACCUUUGUGUGUGCCCGGAUGGAGAGCAGGGAAUCACCUGCCCAGAGCCAGCGGGAACGUGCGGGGAGUACGGCUGCGACCUGUCCUGUAACCACGGUGGCUGCCAGGAGGUCGCCCGCGUGUGUCCCAUCGGCUUCUCCAUGGCUGAGACGGCCAACGGCGUCCGCUGCACCGACAUCGAUGAGUGCCGGAGCGCGGCCUGCGAGGGGACGUGCGUGAACACGGAGGGCGGAUUCGCCUGCGAGUGCGGAGCUGGCCGGGAGCUCUCCGCCGACCGCCGCAGCUGCCGGGACAUGGAUGAAUGCCAGGCCACACCGUGCCAGCACCGCUGCGAGAACAGCGUGGGCAGCUACCGCUGCUCCUGCCGGCCCGGAUACCACCUCCACGGGAACCAGCAUUCCUGCGUGGAUGUGGAUGAGUGCCGGCGGCCUGGCGUGCGCCGCUCCUGCCAGCACAGCUGCCACAACAUUCCCGGCAGCUUCCGCUGCUCCUGCCGCCCCGGAUACCGGCUCAGUGCGGACAGAGUGUCCUGCGAAGGUAUCUGUGUCCUUCUCCAGCCUGGGGGAGCAGGGUGGGAUGCUCCCAUCUCCCUGCCUGCCCCAAGUGAUGUCUCUCCCUUCCUGAUUUCCUUCCUAGGGUACCCCAAAUCUAUCCUGGCUCCGUCGCCCAUCCUGCAAUCCCUACAGCAUCCACCCACCCUUGUCCUGCUCCCUCCUGGCUCCCACCUGCUCCCAAGAGGCUCCCCCUCUCCCCACCUCCCUGUGGCAGCUCCCAGUACCCAAUUCCCUCCCUCCUCCCCCUCCCUGUCCCCUGAGCCGUUCCCGCGUACCGUGGGGGCCCCCGGCACCUCCGUCCCACCAUCCCCUCGUUGCUGGCACCGGGGGAUCCCUCGGGAGCCCGGCGCUAGCUGGACGGAGCCGGGAUGCCAGAGCUGCACCUGUCAGGGGGGACGAGUCCUCUGUGAUGCCGUGAGCUGCUCUGUUCCCUGCUCCCACCCGCUUCCCGCUCCGGCUGGGGGUUGCUGCCCCACCUGCACGGGGUGCCUGCACGAGGGGGUGGCCAGGGCCGAGGGCGAUGUGUUCUCCCCAUCCGAUGGGAAUUGCACCGUCUGCGUCUGCUUGGCCGGGAAUGUCUCCUGCCUCUCCCCGGAAUGCCCCCCAGGAUCCUGCCCCAGCCCCUCUCCGGCCGACUGCUGCUCCUGCACUCCAGAGAAGUGCAAUUUCCGGGGACGCACGUAUGCGCACGGAGCCCAGUUCAGCCUGGAUGGGGACGACUGCACCACCUGUGUCUGCCAGGGAGGAGAGGUGGAAUGUUCCUUCACUCCCUGCCCCGUUCUGGAUUGUCCCCAGCACCAGCGGCACCUGGGUCCCGGGCAGUGCUGCUCCACCUGCCGGGACCCUCCGGCCCCCGCCGGUUGCUUCCUGGAUGACAACGGUGUGGAGUUUCCCGUCGGACAGAUCUGGUCUCCGGGCGAUCCCUGUGAGUUAUGCAUCUGCCAGGCAGAUGGCUCCGUGAGCUGCCAGCGCACGGAUUGUGUGGAGACCUGUCCUUAUCCCAUCCGCAUUCCCGGGCAGUGCUGCCCCGACUGCUCCGCAGGCUGCACGUACAUGGGGAGGAUCUUUUCCAACAACGAGACCUUCCCGUCGGCGCUGGAUCCCUGCCUGAGCUGCAUCUGCCUGCUGGGCUCGGUGGCCUGCUCGCCUCUGGAAUGUGCCAUCGUGUGCUCCUACCCCUUCCACCCCGAGGGUCGGUGCUGCCCCGUCUGUGAGGACUGCAACUACCAGGGCAGGAAGGUGGAGAACGGCCAGAGCUUCAUUCCCGAGGGACAGCCCUGUACCCACUGCACCUGCCAGCUUGGAGAGGUGAGCUGUGAGGAGAGGCCAUGCCCCCGCUCCUGCUCCGAGCCCCCCGUGGGCUGCUGCCCAUCCUGCCCAGGUAAUGGGAUCCCCGGAUCCAUCCCCGGGCACUUGGAUGUGCUCCUGGGAAAGAGGUGGGUGCUGACCAAAAUCCUCCCUCUGUCAGCCACAGACGUCCGGCUCCUGCUGCAGGGCGGUGACCUGUCCCCAUCCUCUUCCCCAUCCUCAUCCCAGUCCCCAAUCCCUGAAGAUUCACCCCCUGGCACCCCUCACCCCCCGCGCCACCGCCUGGCCCAGCUCCUGCUUCCCACCACACUCCCCCUCGGUCCCUCUCCAGGGAUUUGGGAUGCCGGGAAGCCCCCUCCGAUGACUCCGGGCCCCUCCGGAUACCCCUCGGCACCCACUGUGCCCCCCGACCCCCCCUGUGAGGCCACAGCCCCCCCCGAUCCCACAGGCACCCCCAAGGCUCAGGGAUCCCCUGGGAAUGAGGAUCCCUCUGCAGUGCCAUCAGACAGCCCCAGGUUCCAGGUGCCAGGUGUGCCUGGAAUGCCGUGAGGAGGAGGAGGAGGAUGAAGGAAAGGAGAAAAAGGGGGUCUGCAGGACCAGCAGGCCUGGCCCUGAGGAGGGGGAAACCGUCCCCCUGCCACCAAUAAAGUCACUCUGGUAUUUA